AUGCACAACAGUAGAGCUAGUCUGUUUGGUCUCCUGGAAACAAAGAUUAAGAGAAAUAAAGCUCAUAGAGCUUCUCUUAAUCUUUGUGAGGGGUGGUCUUUUACAACAAAUCUAGCCCAGCAUCCAAAGGGAAGGAUUUGGUUACUGUGGAAACCAAGCAUCUUUGAGGUAGACAUACAAAAAACUACUGAUCAGUUAAUUCAUAGUACAAUCAUACAUAGAGGAACAAGUGAGAAGCUGAAUAUCACCAUGAUAUAUGCAUACAAUGAUAUAGUUCUAAGGAGAAAUCUAUGGAAGGAUAUAGAAGAAAUCUACAAAUGCAAUAAGGGCCCAUGGGCAGUGAUGGGGGACUUCAAUAAUGUGCUAAACACUGAUGAAAGAAUAGGCAGCAAAGUAAUAGUGGCAGAAAUAAAGGAGUUUAGACAGUGUGUUGAUACAUGCUGCCUUCAAGAACUCAAAUCUACUGGAGCAUUCUACACUUGGAGCAAUAAACAAAGUGGUGAAGAUAGAGUAAUGAGUAGAAUAGAUAGAGUGCUGGAAGCAGGGGGAACAUGCAUUUCAAAUACUUCAACAUGUGGAGUAUGGAUCCAGAUUUCAAAGAAAAAAGUGGCUGCAAGCUGGAGCAAGGAAAUUAAGGGAACAAAAAUGUACCAAAUAGUGGGGAAGCUGAACAGAUUAAAGGGAACAUUAAAGCAAUUGAACAGAACUAAAUUCAGUAACAUAGAAGGGAAAGCAGAACAAGCUAAGAAGGAGUUAGAGGAAUGCCAGCAACACAUACAAAAGAAUCCUAGAAAUCAAGGUCUUAUUGAAAGAGAGCAGCAACUGGCCAGCAACUACAGGAGACUUAAGGAAGCAAGUGACCAAUUCCUGAGGCAGAAAAGUAAAGUUCAAUGGCUGAAACAAAGUGAUAAAAAUAAUAAGUACUUCCACAGUUACAUGAAGGCAAGAAGGAAUGCAAACAGGAUCCUAUCAAUCAAGGAUUCAAAGGGCAACAGGGUGACAAAUGUGGAAGAGAUUGCAGGUGUCUUUGUGGAAUUCUACUCAAAUUUACUAGGAACUAUUACAGAUAGAAGAGAACAUGUGUACAGUCCACUGGUAAGGGAAGGCAAGACAGUAACAGAAGAGCAAAGACUAUUUCUGACAGAAAAGUUCACAGAAAAAGAAGUCAAACAAGCUUUGUGGCAAAUAGAUGGUGAGAAAGCUCGUGGACCAGAUGGGUAUGGGAGCAAAUUCUUUAAAGACAGCUGGGAAAUAACAGGCAAAGCACUGAAGGAGGCAGCAUUGGAAUUUUUUGAAUCAGGGAAAAUGCUGAAAACUAUGAACAGAACAGUCAUCACAGUAAUACCUAAAAGCAAUCAUGCAGAGACAGUAGGAGAUUUCAGGCCUAUUGCAUGUUGUAACACAGUUUACAAGGUCAUAUCCAAAAUGCUAUGCUACAGACUGAAGAUUAUCCUACCACACAUAAUUUCAGCAAACCAAAGUGCUUUUGUAGAAGGGAGAACAAUCAUGCAGAACAUUUUAAUAUGUCAAGACUUGGUUAGACUGUACAAGAGGAAGGCAACAACAAAAAGCUGCUUGAUUAAAAUAGAUCUCAAGAAGGCUUAUGAUUCAAUAGAGUGGGAGUUUGUGGAAGAAAUGCUACAUGCACUAAACUUCCCUAUGAAGUUCAUUAGAUGGAUCAUGGAAUGUAUAUCAACACCACAAUAUACAGUAGCAAUCAAUGGAGGACAAUAUGGAAAUAUAAAAGGGAAGAGGGGACUAAGACAAGGAGAUCCAAUAUCUCCUAUGAUCUUUGUUAUUUGUAUGGAGAGAGAUCCAAUCAGUGAUGCUAUUACUAAGGGGACUACAAACAUUCUCCAACUCUUCUGGGCUAACUACAAUGCAAGGAAGUCAAACAUAUUUGAAGUGAACAUGACAUCUAAAGAAGUGGAGGACUUAAGUGAAAUAACAGGUUAUAGCAGGGGCAGACUACAAUUCAAAUACCUAGGUGUCCCAAUCUCAUCAAAGAAGAUUUCAAAAAUGGAUUGUCAGGUGCUAGUAGACAAGAUGGCUGCCAGAAUAAACAGCUGGGGUACCAGGAAUCUAUCCUAUGCAGGUCGAGUGCAAAUGAUAAAUGCAGUCUUGAUGCACAUUCAUACAUACUGGGCUUCAAUCUUCAUACUACCCAAAGCAGUACUAAAGAGUAUUACAGCAAUGUGCAGGAAUUAUUUGUGGGAUGGCAAAGUAGAAACAAAUAGAGUCCCCCUAGUAGCAUGGGACCUGGUGUGUAGACCAAAGCAAGAAGGAGGACUUGGCAUAAAGGAUUGUGUAACAUAG